CUUAGCGGAAGUACACAAACAAUACAGACUGGGGAAAUAGGCGUACAGAGAGAAGACGCUAAAGAUUAUAAAACGUUUAAAUUAACAUUUUCGCCAGUUUAUUACUGAGAUUUGAAGAAUGUAGCAGCAAGAAAACAUAUCAUAUGUUCAAACCGUAUGUUCAGUAUUUAUAGAGAGGAAAGAUAACGACUGCUAUAUGGCUAAUAGUAAUUUACAGAAAGCCAUUGACUUGGCCACCAAGGCUUCGGAGGAGGACAAAGCCAAAAACUACAAGGAAGCUUUGCGCCUCUAUGAGCAUUCAAUUCAAUACUUUCUACAUGUGGUGAAGUAUGAUGCUCAGGGUGAAAAGGCCAAGCAAAGCAUAAGGGCGAAGUGUGCAGAAUAUCUGGACAGAGCCGAGCAGCUGAAAGAAUAUCUAAAAAAGGCGGAAAAGCAGCCACCUGCCAAACCUGUGAAAGAGUCCAGCGACAAAGGGAAUGAGAGUGAUGACGGUGAUAAUUCAGAGAAGAAGAAAUUUCAGAAUCAACUUCAAGGUGCCAUUGUCAUGGAGAAGCCAAAUAUUAAGUGGGAUGAUGUUGCUGGCUUAGAAGGAGCCAAAGAGGCACUGAAAGAGGCGGUCAUUCUACCCAUUAAAUUCCCUCACCUUUUCACAGGAAAAAGAACUCCAUGGAGAGGGAUCUUGCUUUUUGGCCCUCCAGGUACAGGGAAAUCAUACCUAGCUAAAGCAGUAGCUACUGAGGCCAACAACUCAACCUUCUUCUCCAUCUCCUCCUCUGAUUUGGUGUCCAAAUGGCUUGGUGAGAGUGAGAAAUUGGUGAAGAACCUGUUUAGUUUGGCUCGACAAAACAAACCAUCCAUCAUCUUCAUUGACGAGAUUGACUCGCUGUGCGGCUCCAGGAGUGAUAACGAGAGCGAAGCAGCUCGCCGAAUAAAGACAGAGUUCCUGGUUCAGAUGCAAGGUGUUGGAAAUGAUAAUGAGGGAAUUCUGGUUCUCGGAGCAACCAAUAUACCAUGGACUCUAGAUUCUGCCAUCAGAAGAAGGUUUGAGAAACGUAUUUACAUCCCACUCCCUGAGGAACACGCAAGAUCAUUCAUGUUCAAGCUCAACCUCGGUACAACCCCCACCAGCCUCACUGAAAAAGACUUCAUUACGCUGGGACAGAAGACCAAGCACUAUUCAGGUGCCGACAUCAGCAUCAUUGUCAGGGACGCUCUCAUGCAGCCCAUCCGCAAAGUUCAGUCAGCCACUCACUUCAAAAAGGUCCGUGGAAAACCAUGGAACAAACAGGAGGUAUCCGAGGAUGAUCUACUGACACCUUGCUCUCCAAGUGACCCAAACGCAGUAAACAUGACGUGGGUAGAUGUGGAGGCUGAUAAACUGCUGGAGCCCAUCGUCAGCAUGGAGGACAUGCUCAGGUCGCUGGAAAAAAACAAGCCCACUGUGAAUGAUGAAGACCUGAAGAAGCUGGUGAAGUUUACUGAGGACUUUGGCCAAGAAGGCUAACUGCAAAGCAACCAUAAUAUACAAAAAAAAAAAAAAAAACAAGAACCUUUGUACUAUGCUUUUUAUUCCAUUUUAUUUUUGUACUCAGAGUUUAUUCUUAAAUCGAUACUCUUUAAUAAACUUGGAAUAGAAAGCUAUAUUAAUGUAGCUUGUUGAACUGUUUACCUACUUAAUAUGGUGUGACCAUGGAACUGAGAUCUUAUUUAUUGUAUGUGGGAGUUAUAUUAAGCUGUGAGUGGGUACUUGCUAACGUCUUUUAUUUCUGCAGUAUUUGCAUCUAAUGUAUACGUAUUGGACAUGCACUUGAUUGCUAGUUUAAUUAGGAAUUCUAUGUUAAUACUCACUGGACAUUUUAUUACCUUAUAUCCCAUUCAUUUUGUCAUAGAGGUACAUGGGGACUCAGGCCAUGUGGGCCAAACAAAGUCGCAGGAGUCACUCAGUCAAGUGCAAAGAAAGAAUAAGUAUCAUAAAUAUGUUUGGCCAGAUGAUGGCAAUUAACUUUAGCCUCCAAUUUUUUAUUUUUACAGAUUUUGAAGAAUAUAAAUGAAAAAGUUUGAAUAUUUGGGUUUAAGUGACAUGAGACACAACUUCCAAAACAGCAGUGAUUUAAGAAACGUGUAUGUGUGUCUGGGGUUCACCUCCUCACUACUAUUUCACUAUUGACUAUAGACUGUCCUUGUAGAGCUCUGUACAGAGCAACAAAGUUUAGAUCCAAUAGAUAAAGAUGUAAACAUUGGCUAUAGAAAUACAGUUAUUUAAAGCAUUUGGCAGACACUCCUAUCAGAAGCAACUUACAGUUAUACAACUGAGCAGUUGAACAAUAAGAGUCCUGCUCAAGGGCUUAGCAACUGGCGGUCCUGGGAUUUGAACUUGCUAGCUUUCACGCAGUAGUCCAACACUUUAACCACAGAACUACCACUUCACAUGAGUACAUUUAGGAUAGCGGUUCUUUAUAGUGACAGAUAGGGAAAUUGAAGGUCUUUGGUUUGCUACUGUGCACAAAGUCACCUGUAUCUCAUGUUUGCAAAUAAAUGUUCAAUAAGUA